GUAUCGUUCAUCGAUUGAGUAAUACGGAAAUAGAAUAGAGAUUAAAAGAACAAUAAGAAUGUCAAUGAAGCUAACGGAUUAAUUGUUAACAGAUAAAGGGUAUUAUGCCAAGAACUAACGUUAGAUAUGCAUUUAAAGCAUUAAACGGCAUUACAGGAAUUAUGUUUUUAGCCACGUUGAUUGUUUGUGGUGUAUUAUUUUGGUCAAAGUUGUCAGCAAAUUAUAUCAGAUCAAAAAUUCGUAAGCAUGCCGAACGGAUUUUAGGAGAACUGGUUUUUUCAUAUGUAUCCUUAUCAAGCCUGAAGCCAUCAAGCUUAUUUCUUGGAUGGCUUAUGGAAAAUUUAAAAUGCUGUGGAUUCAUCGAUCCAUAUGAUUUUCAAGAGGGAUUACAAUUUUCAUCUGAAGACACAUACGACGGAAGGAAAUAUAAUGGUAUUGCAAUUCCGAUUCCAUGUUGUGAAUUAAACAGUACAUAUCAACUAAUAGAUAGUAAUUGUCCUUGUUGGUUUUCAACUAGCUCCCAUCAGUAUACUGUAGGAUGUCGUGAAGUAUUUGGAAAUAGUUUUGUGCGAUUAGUAAAUAUAGUUUCCUACUCAUCAUUGUUUAUAAUUUUACUUGGGAUAUCAAUGAUUGCAUGCUGUGUACUGAUACUCAGAGAGUUGUGGAAAGCAUUUUAGCAAACUUAUUGAAUACAUUGAGUUUAUCGCAGCUAAUUUAGAUAUAACGUUUGUUCACCACUGUCCUCCUAUUUUACAUUGUAAUAUACGUGUAUAUACACUACAACAGAUAAGAAAUUAUCCCAACAACGAAAGACAGAAAUUACAAAUGAAUCCAUUUUAUUACAAUGAUAAUUUUAUAUGAAUGAAUAUCUCAGUGAUUUUAGCAAGUAAUCGUUUUAAACAAAAUAUCAACCAGAUCAUGAAGG